AUGAAUAAAGACAAUAUUCAAAAUUGGGAUCGAAUUGUAAUUUAUACAAGAAAUUUAAUGAAACAAUUUCCUGGUACAAAGGAUGACAACGAAUUAAUUAGUUCUUUAGAGAAUCUAUUAAAAACGGUGAUACUCAAGUAUAAUCUUGAUUUGGACAUAAUUGAAAUUCCCGAACCAUCACUCUUAUAUCAUAAAAUCACUGAUGAUAGAGGUGAUUAUGAAAUAACAGCUAAAUUAUUUCUUUUAACAUCAGAGAAAUCAUUCAUUUCACAAUCAUUAUAUUAUUUAUUUAGAUUGCUUGAAUUAGAAAAAUUAUAUGAUGAUAGAUAUAUUGGCAAAUUAGGUGUAAGUGAAUUUAAUAUGAAUAGAUUGAAGAAACUAAUUGAUGAUACAAAGGUUCAACCAAAGAUCGAUCAGAUUAAUAUAAAGAACCUUUGUUCUGUAUCUCGUGAAUUAAUUGAAUUUGGUAAGAAAAAUGAUGUAGAAUUAUUGACUCAUAGCGAUUCUGAUGAGAAUUUUCACAAGAUUAUAAAGGGAUAUACUGAUUCAAUGAAAAAAGCCACCACUGAUAAAGUGUUAGAUGGUUUUGAUGAGAAUGAAUAUGUGCCACAAUGGGUAAUAAAAUAUUCUGUGGAGAUUAAAUGCAGAGGAAUAGUUGCCAAUAAAGGUAAACCUGAAUCUAAUAAUCUAGAAAGAAAAUAUAAUUUGGGCGAAAAAUUUUUAUAA